CAGCGUCCCCGCAGCUUAGCACAGCACAGCACUCGCACAGCCUGAGCUAGCGCUGCUACAGACGCGUGUGUGAUGCGGUGCGGUAGGCCUCCUAGGGGCAGCAGAACCCACCAGAAUGAAGACUACUGAAGAGAAGAGUGCAAGCACACCUCGUGUGAGGUUAGCAGUCCUGGGGCAGACCAACGUCGGGAAGUCUGCCUUGACUGUCCGCUACCUGACCAGGCGAUAUAUAGGCGAAUAUCGGUCUGAUACUGAUCUACUCUACCGGCAGACCGUGAACGUGAACAAUGGGCCAGUAGACGUAGAAAUAGUGGACGUGUCUGGAGAGUCGAACGAGAGGCCGCUGCCCGCGGAGCAGGUGGAGUGGUCGGACGCGUGCGUGCUCGUCUACUCCAUCACGGACCGACGCUCCUUCGACUACAGCCAGCAGGUGCUGCAGCAGCUGAGCCAGGCGGCCAAGCCCACCGCCCUGCUCGCCAACAAGGCAGACCUCGACCACCUCAGGCAGGUGACAGAAGAGGAGGGGCGGCGGGCGGCUGCUGAGGGUGGUUGCGCCUUCUACGAGGUGUCUGCCGUGGACGAUUCGGCCGGCCUCUACCAGGCAUUCGACUCGCUGCUGGCCGAGUCCCGCGCGUCGCAGCAGCACCAGCCCAAGGCGCGCAAGUUCUCCGUCUCCAAGAUGCUGGGCACGCUCAUCGGCAAGCCGCAGACGCAGCCGCCCCCGCCGCCCGCGAGCGCCGCCCCCGGAGGCGGCACCGUCGUCGAGUUUCACAUCGCGGAGGCGCACGGGUCGCGCCGCCACAGCCGCAGGAUCAACCUGGUGGCGGCCGCUUCUUCGUGACGUCAUCCACCGCACUGCAACCUCUCCUCACGGGCUGCACGCAAUCCCUCGCUGGCCGGCUGGCGGUGUUCCGUCGCAGGGCGGGUACUUUACAUCUCAACACUCAAGUCUUAAAUCCCGUCGGCUCAUAGAAUGAGCGCUGUCUCAGGUCGGCGACCUUAGCAAGUAGCGACUUCACUGAAGGCACAGGUGCUUCUUGGAGGCUACGAAACCUAAAACCGAAGUGUCAGUGUAUAAAUCCGAUGAUUUUCUUCGCAGAGUCAUGUCUCACAGCAGUGAUUACCACUUCAUCCAAUGCUGUGGCUUACGUGCACAGUUCUGAGAUGGAAAUGUAUUGCCAAGAACAUUACUGGGCACCGUGGCUGACAGUAUUGCCUAACAUGUGGCUCCAAUAUUUCCGGCCAACAUUGCCGGCCUAUACAAAAGCUAAUAUGAAAUGUCUAUGACCUGUAGUAUUAGGAUAAUAUUCUCAUAUGGCACUAUACGACAACUCAAUCCAGAAACAAGUCUCUCUAGUGUCUGGCUGAAUGUGAGACGCUUCGCACUCAAGUUACGUGUGUAGACUAUUAAUCUCCGCGUGUCUUUCUGAAUAACACGUUUUUUUCCAUUAUGAUCGUCUGUUUUCAGAUUUACAAAGGAGAACUCCUCCAUGUGUUUAGUCGUAUAAAUAAUAAUCACAUUUUAAUCUAUUUGUCGAUGUUGGCGAUUGCAUGUCAUAAGCCGGUAGUCUAAUGUAUUUUACUAUGUCAAAGAGUAUAGCCUUCCUCAAGCUACACUGAUUUUUAUUACAGCGAAAAAGCAGAAGUUGCGAAUUUCACUUUUAUUUACUUGAUUAUUAAGGCUCUGAGCACUAUGGGACUUAACAUCUGAGGUCAUCAGUCGCCUAGAACUUAGAACUACUUAAACCUAACUAACAUAAGGACAUCACACACAUCCAUGCCCGAGGCAGGAUUCGAACCUGCGACCGGUAAGGUCGCGCGGCUCCAGACUGAAGCGCCUAGAACCGCUCAGCCACGCUGGCCGGCACUUUAUUAUUAGUUUCCGGCUGUGACCCAUUUUCGGGUCAUCCAGAUAGUCAAGAAUGAUAUUCCCAAAACAUAGUAACCAUGUCGAGAUAACAAACAUAUACGCACAACGAAGUGGAGACGAAUAGUUACAGAGCAUAUAGAAAACUAUAGAUAAGCUUAUCGCUAUGUUCUCUAACCGUUCAUCUGCACUUUGUUGUACGUAUAUGUUUGUUUCCAGAGUGAGAUUUUCACUCUGAAGCGGAGUGUGUGCUGAUAUGAAACUUCCUGGCAGAUUAAAACUGUGUGCCGGACCGAGACUCGGACUCGGGACCUUUGCCUUUCGCGGGCAAGUGCUCUGCCAACUGAGCUACCCACGCACGACUCACGCCCCGUCCUCAGAGUACUUGCCCGCGAUAGGCAAAGGUCCCGAGACCGAGUCUUGCUCCGCCACACAGUUUUAAUCUACCAGGAAGUUUUACAUGUUUUUUAUCUCGACAUAGUUGCUAUAUUUUGGGAAACAGCGUUUUCCACCAAUUGUGUGAUAUGAAAACGUGACCCUGCGCGAAACUGUUCAUUAAGUAGAUAAAAGCAAAAUUUGCAGCUUUGGCUGUUUUUCCACCGUAUUGGGUAACAAAAGUUGCUGCCCAGCAAUUACUCCACAAUGCUGGAAGUUCGUACACUGAUUUCUCAUCAAAAGUUUGGUUGGUACGCUCCAUUGUCGGUUUCGGCUUCACAUGUGUUACAAAAAAGUAAAAAAAGGCAGAUUUUCGCAUAAAUUCAUGUUAUCUUACCUACGUAGUAAAGUGUCAGUGCAAUAUACCGAUGGUUCUGUCGGCUAUCCAUGCAUCGACGUAUUUCAUUGAAUCGAUGUAAAUGUGUCAUAGAUGUGACUGGUUUCAAAGAUAUAUCAGAUGACGCAAUGUGCAUUCGAAAAUCGAUCACGUAUGUUGAUUAAUUAUCAAUAGUAAUAAUGUGCAGCCUGGAAGUCUGUUAUCUUCGCACAUAACAUAGUAAUCAUGGUCGGUUUGAGAUAAGAGCGUCUCAAGUUACCAACUGAGAGGGGCGCCAGGAACUACACAACAUAGAGCGACAUUUUAUGUCGCUGCUGGACGUUAGAAAAGUAUCCUGGUUUCCAAAAAAUAUAUGGUAACACAGAUGACGAUGUCAGUAAUCGAUAUUAAAGACACACCUUUCAAUUGUUCACAAGCUACUUACUAUUCCAACACUGUACACGACUGGCCCAUCAUAGGACGACUCCCAUUAAUCACGUCGAAGUUGGCUUCACGUAUACUGCUCAGCAAGAGCCAACGUUUCUUUACUGAAGGAGGAAGUUUGCAAAAAUAUGACGACGUAAGUACGUGGUAUCUCUUUGGAAUCAAAUAACAGCAUCAAUCACAAUUACAUUUUCAAGCACCACGAGUGGUCUCAGCCACCUAAACCAUUUUCAAGAGGUUAUGAGCCUAGUGCCGAGUCUAUCUGUAAAGCUCUACUACGCAGUACCCUUAAUCUCUCGUAAAUGGCCUUGGCAGCUGAAACUGGUAGUAGUCUCCGGCAAUAAAACUGAUACUGCAACUACCACACUGGCGGCCCAUGAACCAAAUGUUCAAAUUGCUGAAAAAAAAUGUUUUCGUAUUAAAAGCGUGAGGUAGAAGCAACAGCUCAUGCUAGCUACGAUAGAAAACCGAUUCUUGUGUUCUGAUAUUCAACGUAGGACGUUGCUAUGCUUCUCGCUUCAAGGUGUUAUUUAAAAAACAUUCGUCAGUAUAUGAGAACUAUAGACUACCAACCAUCCUCAAUGUUCAGAUCUCAAUGUAUUUUACAACAGAGUAAAUUACCAUGUCUUUUAUGGGUAAUGCAGUACAAUGUUUCCUCGACAAAAUAAUUUUUCAGUAUUUUAAUGCUUUAAGCAUUCUGGCAUCGUUAAUGCAGGGUCAAUACCGCACACCCACUAAUGGAAACCAAAAGUGGCUGCACCUUGACACAAAGUAAUUUCGUAUUUGUAAUCUCAGUUAUGUAAAGAAUUUUUAGUGGCUAAAUUUCCUUCCUCUAAAUGUUAUUGAUCGGUACAUAAAAUUAGCGUUAGCUGUUCUCUUACAAUAACAUCGAUGGGCUCCACUAGAACAGCUUACUUUCAUGUAGCUGCCAUGAUACUCUGAUAAACGUCUUGAUGUAAACACAGCCAUAUUAUACAACUUUUGCAAGACGAUUCAUUGAGUGUUGAGGCACCGCUUUCCUGUCGGAAAGACAGCUUCGUGUAUAAGGUGUCUUUCAGAUAACUGUAUAAGGGAUACUUAAUCCUCCUGAUCUCCAUGUUUUGCAGCUAUUAAGCUGAUUACAAGUUUUCUUAACUAAUACCGUACCAGUGGCAAACAAUUAUUGAAAUUUGUAAAAGAAUAUUAUAAACCUUACCAAAGAUUAUUGCAGUUAGAGAAUUAAUGUGAGAUGUAUGGAAGAAAUCACAUAUUCAUAAUCAUAAAAUUUUUGCUUAUAAAUUGGCGAAUGUUACAAAAUAAUGGAUGAAGAACAUUAUUAGAAGUAUGCAACAGUUUAUUA